AUGAUUGAUCAUAUGUUAAAGUAUUUAGACAAUUCAUCUACUGAAUCAUAUAUCAUAUUCAAAGUAAAUGUGGGGCUACGUGAAUCAAAUCCAGAUGCGUAUACACCAAAGAUGGUCUCUAUUGGUCCUUACCAUAAGAAAAAUCCUCAACUUCAAUCAAUGGAAAGGCACAAACUAUUGUACCUACAAAGAUUUCUUAGACGGAAGGAGGGGCUUGAUUUGAAUAAUUGCAUCUGUGAAAUGCAUAAACUAAAGGAGGAAGCACUAAAGUGUUACGAAGAGGACGGGAAUUAUCAUGAUUUUCUCGCAAUAUUGGUGAUUGACGGUUGUUUUGUAGUUGAAUUUAUUCGAGAGUAUUGUAAAAUAUGUCUAGAAGAAGAAGCUAUGAUUAUCAUUGAUGAUCGUGCAAGAUACAUAUUUCGAGACUUGAUGUUACUAGAAAACCAACUUCCUUUCUUUGUCAUCAACAAGCUUCAUUCCAUGACAAAGCAAGUUAACGAAUCAUCAUUGGUAGAACUGGUGAAUGAUAUGUGUAUCUCUUUCAGGCCAUCGUUUCACGGGACGGAAUGUAAUAAUGUUGGAAAUAUCAAACAUUUACUUCAACUAUACCACAUAAUUUCAUGUCGUCAGAUUAAUCCCAGGAAAAAGUCCAAAACAUAUACUUCAUCUAAUAAGGUUAUGCCAAAUGCAACGGAGCUUUCCGAAGCUGGAGUUAGCUUUGCAAAGGUCGACGGUAUGACAAGUUUAUUGGAUAUAAAGUUUGAGAGUACUACUGGUUUAAUGACAAUCCCUUGUUUACCAGCCGAACUUGAUACGGAAAUCCUCUGGCGAAAUCUCAUUGCUUAUGAGCAACAAUCAUCUGAUGUACAACCUAAAUAUUUCAGUGAUUAUGUUGUUUUCAUGGAUCAUCUUAUCGACUCAGAAAAAGAUGUGAAUUUGCUUCGCCAGAAAGGAAUCAUAGUGAACUUCAUGGGAGACGACAAAAACGUGGCUAACCUCUUCAACAAACUCGGAAAUGGGGUCAUGACGCAUUUCGACUUCUAUUACAAAGAAGAAUGCAGAAAAGCAGUUGAAUAUAGUGAAAAACCAUGGAAUAGAAUGAAGGCAAAUUUGAAACACAAUUAUUUUAGUAAUCCUUGGGUAGGAGCUUCAACUGUGGCAGCCAUCAUACUCCUCCUACUUACAACUAUACAGACUGUUUUAGCUUUCACAAGUUCCGUUAAGUAA